UUUUGUUUUGCGUGUUGAAUCAGUUUCUGGAUAAAAUUUAACCUUUAAUGCGAUGAGAAUUAGCUGGGGAAAAAGAUCGCUACGUCCACUGGUAACAAGCCCAUGAUCGCUUCCACGAUCGGUACCAGUCAAACAAAUGCCACCGCAGGGAGAAUGCCACAUGUGAAUAUAUAAGUAACUCGGCACUGCCAACAGCCACAGAAUUGAUGCCACUGCUGCAAGUAUUGGUAUUACUCGGAUGCCACAAACAGUAAUUAUAGAAUACGAUUCUGCCACAGAAAUAAUUCUGCAACUAUCAGUAUAAAUCUACUGGCACUGUUGGUAACUUUCUUAUAUGUUACGAGUGACUGCUACCACGGCAUCUGUCUAGUUACCGCUGAUAGUGUGCAACAGCUGUCUCGGUGGACAAAGAUACUAAAUCGUAUCUUGAUAUUACACUGUCUGAGAAAUCCUCCGACCUCUUCACCAAGACAAACAGAUUUGUAGACCUUCACAAACGAUGUGUCUACAACUGACCAGGAUCUGUGACUAACUGACAGCAUACCACAAAGGUUUGGAAAGUUAAAAGAGCGGACAUACAUAACGAGAAGGCGUUGUCCAGCUUGAAUUAUAGUCUACUUUACUGAUAUUGGAAGAAUUAAGAUAUACCUACAUCGAUCUAAACAGAUUGAAGUUGAUGUUAAUACAUACUGACGUCACAGCGUUUACCAACUGACGUCACAGCAGUCAACAAACAAGGAAACGCUAACGGACUUGUGUGAAGGCCUGGACCAGUGUUUGUAAACUAAUGGGUGGAAAGUCGUCGUAGCACCAAACCAACAGCACUCUUCUACAAAACUUGUCGUCUGCUCGUCAUACACAACAAUGGCGGGCCAUCUCGGACUGUCGUGGAGAUAUUUGGUGUUCGUGCUUUGUGUGACGACCUUUUCGUGUUUGCUUGCGGACGCUGAACAAAGAUUGCAAUGCCAGGAAGUAACCAUUCCGAUGUGUCGCGGUAUCGGAUACAACUUUACGUACAUGCCUAACCAAUUCAACCACGAGACCCAGGAGGAAGCUGGUCUGGAGGUCCAUCAGUUCUACCCUUUAGUGGAAAUCAAGUGUUCUCCAGAUCUACGACUUUUUUUGUGUAGUAUGUAUGCGCCAAUAUGUAUGGAAGGUUACAACAACCAUCUACCCGCGUGUCGCCCUGUUUGUGAGAGAGCACGUGCGGGUUGUGCACCCUUGAUGGCCCAGUACGGAUUUCAGUGGCCGGAGCGCAUGAACUGUGAUAAACUUCCGUUGUCGGGAUUAUGUGUUGAUGCUAAUGCUACAGACAGUUCCACAGCCUCCCCUCCUCGUCCACGACCCACCCGACCCCACAUCGACCGCAUUCCUCCUAAGCAUAUCACGGCGGAUAAACCUCCGAAAAAAUUGGUUCCCAACCUACCCCGGAUACCGACACCUGUCAAAAAGGACGAGUACCCAGCGUGUUGUCAGUGUAAGAUGGUUCGUUUGGAACAGUCGAGUGGAUUUUACAACGAGAUCAUGACGGGAGGACUAGACAACUGUGCUCUGAACUGUACAAGUCCGUACUUUUCUUCAGACGAGAUGACAUUCGCCUCGUUCUGGAUAGGCUUGUGGUCCAUUUUGUGUUGUAUAUCUACUGCCAUGACGGUGCUGACGUUUUUCGUGGACAUGCAAAGAUUCAAGUAUCCAGAACGUCCCAUUGUGUUCCUCAGUGCCUGUUACUUCAUGGUCAGCUGCGGCUACAUCAUUCGCCUGAUCGUCGGUCACGCAGCCGUCGCAUGCGAUGGGAAGAUGAUCCGCUACGAGACUACUGGACCAGCGUUAUGUACGGUCGUGUUUCUCUUGCUUUAUUUCUUCGGGAUGGCGUCGUCUAUCUGGUGGGUGAUUUUGUCCUUCACGUGGUUCCUGUCGGCUGGGUUGAAGUGGGGACAGGAAGCUAUCGCCAACUACUCUCAGUACUUCCACGUGGCCGCCUGGCUCAUCCCCUCCGUCAUGAGCAUUGCUGUACUCUUCAAGUCGUCUGUGGAUGGUGACCCGAUCGCGGGAGUGUGUUACGUCGGCAACCAGAACAUAGACAACCUCAGAGGAUUCGUUCUUGCCCCGCUUUUUAUAUUUCUCAUUCUCGGAACCUCAUUCCUGAUGGCCGGAUUUGUGUCGUUAUUCCGGAUUCGGAGUGUGAUUAAGGCUCAGGGACGCGGUAAGACGGACAAACUGGAGCGUCUAAUGAUUCGUAUCGGUGUGUUCUCCGUACUUUACACAGUUCCGGCUACCAUUGUGAUUGCGUGCUAUUUCUAUGAACAACAUCUUAAGGAGCAGUGGGAGAAAUCCCUCGUGUGUCCGUGUUACCAAGGUGCUAGUAAACCAGAGUAUUCUGUAUUUAUGUUGAAAUACUUUAUGUGCUUAGUUGUGGGUAUUACUUCCGGUUUCUGGAUCUGGACCGGAAAGACUGUAGAUUCCUGGAAAAAGUUUUUCUAUCGGACAGCCUGUUGUUGUGACAGAGACACUUCCGGAUAUAGCUCUCGAAUGUCCAAAUCUACGAACUCCAGUUACCCAGGUGUGAAAGCUCUCCCUCUCAGUCAGGUGUGAUACACGGUGCCCAGACAGUGACUGUAAAUUGCCGAAAUGUUAUAUAAAUUAAUUAUAUAUAAAACGAAUCUUUUCUAGAGAUUAUCUAUGUGUGCUUGACUGAGAAAGUUCUUUUUUCUAUAAUUUAAUAUCGAAAGGUUUUUGGUCUACGGAUGUGAGUGAACAUGUCUAUUUUGUAAAGGCGAUAAUCAUUUCAAAACACUUAUAAAGAUUUUUUAAUUUCCUCCGAACCAGUAAAUAGAUUUUGGUUUCAGUUGUAUGAUUCGAUUUUCAGACAACACAGAAUAGAUAAUCUCUGGGAAACGAUCCGAAUUCCUAUUGUGUAACACUGUAGUCCUAUUUGUAAAACGUAUGGUUAGCCUGAAACAAGACUGGAAAAACAUUUGAACAGAUUUAAAAUUAAAAAAAAAUCAUGAUUGUUUUUGGUAAAAAAUAUGGAUGCAUAUAGAACUUAUUCAAUUCUAAUUUUCAAAACACAAUUUUAAAAAUUAGGUGUAAAACAAAAUGUUAAAAUGUAAUGGAGUAUUGUGAAGAAGCGUUGCACCAGGUUGACCCUACUUUAUACAAUCGGACUACAUUGUUACGCUUGUAAGUAUGUAAUGAUGUGACCCACGUGUAAAAAACGCCCACUUAAAACUUAAGGUGAAAGUGGGAAACUUUAGUGCAAUAUUUCAAUGUGGAGCACCUAGACAAGAGAUGGGUCAAUAUUGACUUUCACAAAUCUUGUGUUCGGAAGUUCCUCGAUCAAUUUUUUUUUUAUUUACCAUAGAAAUUAUUGAUUUUUUUCCCCUCUUUUUAAAAUAGAUUUCCAAAAAUGCAUGUUAGCUAAUCUGUGGGGACACGAUGUAGCUCCACGGCGUCGUGCUGUGUAAUUGUGGGUUGGAGUGGUGGCCGUACAAUAAGAGUUCAAACUUUGUCAACACACUGGCACUGUCGACAUCUCAAGUGUGUAAUACAUGUAAGCAAAGCUUGAACAAAAAUUGACAAAUAAAGGAAAGAAUAUAAGUACACAUAUGAACCUGUCACUACGCCAGAGUUGGCAUUAGGUAUUUAAGGCUUUAUUUUCUGGUUAAAAAUAUGGAAAAAGGAAAUUUACAAAAGUCGUUUUUUUUCAAAAUUUAAGAAAAAUGGAUAAGAAAAUAUCGGAAACAUCGCACCGAUUUUUUUCUACUUUUUAAGUAGAAACGCACGAUUUAUUUCUUGUGAUUAAUAGUGCCACCUUGUUAUAAAUUGGAAUGUGUUUUUUUUAAAUGUUACACACCGACAUUGACAAAAAUAACACAGAUAGUGUUAAAAUUUAGACAUGUUUUUUUCAAUCUUGUGAGCAGCAAGAAAACGUAGGGUUCCGUUUUUGCACGUGGUAUUGUCCUACUUGUGUUGAUAAAAUGAUAUUAUUUACUGUUUAAUGAUGUUGACAUGUAUUAUUUGUUAUCUCCGAGUUAUGGGUAAAAUGCUGAUUUCUUGACCUUUUAGAGAAUUAAUUAAUUCUCUUCGUUUAAUGAGAAAUACAGAUUUCUCCCGUCCUCAUCGCCCCAAAAGAAAUAGUGUAUUGUUAACUAUACUGCCUCCGGCCGGAAGUGUGUGCCCGCGGAUGGAGGGAUCAUUAAUUAUUUCUGAAUUCUGUCAUGCAAUUGGCAUAUAUCAGCCUGUAGGUGUUGUUCUUUUGUUGAUAAUGUGACAGAAAACAUGACGAGAGGAUCCGUAUGUCACUCGUUACCACACAGUAUUAUUCUCCGCCCAAAUCCGGGCUAUUGUCCUUUUAUCCUGCAAAUAGUUUUACCCAUGUUUUUCUCGUUUGUAAUUUGUCUCUUGUGAGUCUCCGGAGAAUAAAUCCGGUACGUUCUGACAAAGAUGAGUUGCUGCCCUCCGUAUCGUACAGAAUAAUUAAUGAUCCUGACAAUCCUAUGUUUGCGCAUGUGUACGAGAUUUUUUUGUAUAUUUCAUGUUUAUUUAUAAGACACAAAUUAAUGUACAUAUAUCCAUUGGUUGACACCAAAAUAUCGCCAUUUUAUUGGGCCAAUAUUUCCCAUUGUAUUAUCACGUUCGUUGCAUUAAAAUUAGUAAGUACUUAUGUCGCUACGGUUAUCCCGAGUCUGUAACUAGUUAUUAUAAACUGUAAAUUCCCAAAUCUCCGAAGUUAGCCCACCGUUUUAUUUUAAUUGCAUCUAUCAAUCAAAAAUAUUAUUAUUUAGUUACAUAUAUCAAUUGUUAAGGUAAACGAAAAUCCAAAGCACUAUUUCAUGAACAGCAUGAUUAUAUUUAAGUUUUUAAAAGUUUAGUAAAACAUACGGAAGUGUAUAUUAUUUGUCAAUAUAAUUAAAAGAAAGAAUGAUCGGAGAAAUAAUUCAUUAAAUUGUAUAAAUAAUUAUCAGUAUCCAUGUGUAUAAGCCCUACUGUUAAAAACUAGUGAGACAAAGAAAAUUGAAUUUGAAUCAUCAAAACAAACUACAAAAUUGAUUUAAAAUUAUCAACGCCAAAGGUAUUUUGGAAGUUAUUUAACAGGGAAAAAUAAUAAACCUACUGAAUUUGGGUACAGCUUGGGCCAGUUCACUUCAACCAUAUUGAGUUACUGGAGUCGAGAUAACUGAACUGUACACAAAAUCGUGCUCAUGGUUUUCCUGUAAACAGAGGAAUUUGGUUGACAACAGUCUGUUUGUUUGUUUUUUUAUAAUGUUUUGAAAAUACUUGACAUCUGUACCAUACGACGAGAAAAGUCAAAGCUUCAUAAAUUCAAAACUAGUUUAAUUCUUUUUAAAUUCUGACCACGGUACAUUGUAUCCUGGCUUUUAUUCGGUUCUCAAAUUCAGAUUUCGAUGGAGAGGUCCCCCCCCCCCCUCAUGUUAGACACAAUAGCUACAAAUAUAUAAAUAGGAUUAUAUGAGGUGGUGCCACUAGAUUUGAAAAAGUGAUGAAAUUUCAGAAGCAAAAUGAGAAUAAUGUAGAAACUAAAUACUAGUAUAAAACGUGGGUCAUUAUUACUGAAUGAAUAUUUCUCUGUCAAAAUGAUUUUUUUUUUUUGUAAUUGGGAAAGUUGGAUUGACAUUAUAAUUUUCUUAAUUAAAAAAAUAUGUAAAAGAUAAUGAAAAGAAGGAAAGAGUAAAUUUGGAUCUAUUUAAUUAUUAUUUUUUAAAUUUUUCACAUGCAAAUAAAAAUAUGGAUAUUUUAAUAUGAACUAACAAGAGAAUACAUUUCAGAACCGAGGUAGUACGUUUGUUUUUUAAAUAUAAGUUAUGGCUAGAAGAGUAGCAUCAAUAAUUGCUAGCCAUAUGUUAUAAAUAAGAAAUUCGCAAAACGUUUCUCACGAAUUGCCUUGUGUAGGCCAGCCACACUAGACUACAAAACGGUUUUGUUACUGACGUGAGAAGGCUGAAAUACCCGUGUUUUGUUCGUGUCUAUUGAAGGGUUUGACCAGGUAUUCGUUUUCAGCCCUAUUAAUACACCUGAUUACCUAGCAACAUUACAAAUUAUGAGAAAUUUUAUUUUGUGAAAGCCUAACUGUCCUUAGCGGUAUACGUGUUAUACAGCUUCAGUAAAUACGAAUUUGUAUAUGAUUUAAAAUGGUUAAGCUAGGGGGACAAGGGUUGUAGGAAAUCAAGUUUGUUGUACUAGAUUAUCAUAACUGCUAUAUUAAGUUAUAUGAUUAUUUCCAGUUCUGUAUGAAGAGAUAGAACUUUCAUUUUUUUCUGUUUUAGUUUAGUUAUGGUUAAAAACUGACAUUUUUUCCCCCGUUCAAAUCGGGUAUAAAGAGGGUUAAAAGUUCCGACUUAAUUAAAGUUGGUAUUUUUUUAAUUUAUUUUUUUCGGUUUAGAACUCAAACCAUGCCAUACGUGUUAUUAUUUGCCAUGUUGCUGUUCAGUGAAUCGUUCGGUUACUAAAUCAGGUUUUUAGUCACUGUUUGAAAUACGUUGUGUUGCUUAUCCGAUAAUAAGAAAUACAAUCUGUGUUUGUCCUUAUGUAGAAUGCUAACAGGCAGGAUAAUGCUUGUUUUGUACAUUCAUAUAUUUAUGUUAUUUACACAAAAAAGAAAAAGAAAAUACACACGUUGAAGACAA